AUGUAUUCUGAGUGGGCCUCUCUCCAUCGUGAGAUUCAAUGUGACAAGGCCAACCAGAGUGUCCUUCACAAGUUUCCAGAAUUUGCUGGCAAGGAGAUUGCUUGCUCUGUUGUGAAGCAUCUUGCAAAGACAUUCUCAACUCCAUCAUCAAAUGCGGACCUACAAGAUGAUAAAGAUGUCAAGUGGACAAUGGAGGUGUUGUGUUUUGGGCUGAGUCUACCACUGACUGAACAUGAAGCCAUUCGUGACUGUGUAAAUAUUUAUUGUGAUUGGCUGACUGCACUUACCACUCCUUUAGAAAGUGUUCCAAAGCCCAUCAUUGAAAAUCCCAACCUCUACUCAAGGGAAAUCAUUCAUCAUCUUCUCAAUCUGUUUGUACCCAGAGAUGGAUCAAGCGUAGACCUCGUGAAGCGUCAAUCUGCAUUGUGUCAGCGAGUGUUACGAAGCAUUGAGAAUGUGGCCCUGGAAUCAGCCCUCCUUACCAGAGACACUUGGGAGACUCUGUUGAAGUUUCUGCUGGCUGCCAAUGACAGCCUCUUGGCGCCACCUGCUGAAAAAGAUGACAUUGGACUGAGUUCACCCGAUAUAGCAGAACACUUGUGCGAGCGAGUUCUCAGUGUUCUCUUUGAGAUCUGGAUUCUUGCCUGUGCCCGUUGCUUCCCAUCUCCAUCUCUGUGGAAAACGUUCCGCAACAUGUGUAUCUGUUGGCGACACCAUGAUGCACUCAUUCAACAAUGGCAUCGAGUCAACCAUGCUCUCCUGUCUCGUCUCCUCAAGUUUAUGUAUGGACCAGACUAUCCUGAACUACAAAUCCCUGAAGAAGAUUUACAUUUGAUUCCAGCUGAGAUGACCAAUGAUUGUAUUGCUCAAAGUUGGUUCCGAUUUCUUCACAUCUUACAAAAUCCUGUGGACCUGUGCCAUCCUGAAAUCAUCAGCAAAACUCAGAAGUUUAUGGAAAUGGUUCUCGCCUCCAAAAAUGUUAUUGACCCCUCUGAACAUGAGUGCCUCAAGUCUCUGCCCCUGAUAUUCUGCCAUUCCAUGCAUGGAAUAUCGGUUAUGGUCAAUGCAUUUCUAGGUAUUGCACAGUCUACAAAAGAAUUGGCAAAUUCUUCAAAUGCAUCCAACACACGGGCAAAUCCUGCAUGUACACCUCCUGGACAGCGUAAAACGCCAAUGAGACCAUUUUCAGCUGUUACAGUACCCCUCACACAAAAAGGCUCAUCAAAAUCUUCUUCCACAUCAUCUAAUUUGUACAAAGCAGCAUCCUCACCAACCCCAAUGAUAGGCCCUGCUCAGCUGUUGCUUGAUUCAAGCCUGACCAUGGCACCAUCCCGUCCUCGUUGUAAUAGUAUCCUUCAUCUCUUUGGUGCCUGGCUCUUUGAAGCUGCUCUGGCUGGCGUUACGCUACAUCCUUGCCACAGUGAAACAGCUCAAAAACCAGAUCGAAGAGCCAAUUCCUUCACAGAAAGCCGCCACAGUUCCAUGGUGACUGAACACUAUUCAGAGAAAGCAAGAAUUGCUGUCAAUACUUAUGAAGAUGGCCGGGCAGAGGCUUGUGGCACUUUAUGCAGAAUAUUUUGUGCUCACAGGACAGGAGAAGAUAUCCUCCCAGUUUACUACUCUCGUUUCUACAUUACGAUGUAUUAUGGACUUCAGGCAGGGGAGAAUAUGAGUAGUCAAGUGUUGUCCAGUAUCCUGUUCAAUUCCUGUGACCUACUCAGGGUGGAUCUAGCUGGAGCUCAGAUCCUUGUCCCUUAUAUACUUAAUGCUCUAGAACUUGUCAUUUCUGAAUUUAAGUGCAUAACUCGAGAAACAAUUCCUGAAGUCGACCUUCGGAAAGCAUGUUUUCACCUUCUCUUAUCUAUGCUUUGUCUACCUCUACACUUCAAAGAUCUUGAAAUCAAAGAUAUCUUAUCAAGUCCUGAGACAGGAGACAAAAAAAUUUCUUUUAUUUCACUCAAACGCAAAAUUACUGAACUUCUACUUCGAGCUCUUUUCUCAGAAGUUGAUGCUACCAACACUCAGAUGUUACUUGGCGGGCUGAUGUUGUUGGUGCAGGACCUUGCUCUGUAUGAAGAGGCUGAGUAUUUGGCUGUGCAACCUCAGCAACAAGACAUUUGUUUGAAUGAUUCAGAUAUGUCUUCAGAUUACUCAAAGAGCAGUAAUACCAGUUCUUCAACAGAGACUUCAUACACCGAUAGCCUCCCUAAAAUACCACCGUCUCAACUGAAUGGAUUUGAUGACAACCGUAACAGCAGAACAUUUAUGGGACUAAAGAAUUUACCCGGUUCAGGAUCUUCAAUUUACACAUAUUUCAAAUGUGAAUUAAAGGACAACACAGACACAGCUCAUGGCCUCUUUGGUCAUGCAACAUCCUUAGUCUGUAAUCGAUUGAUGGCAUCUUGGAAGUCCGACUUGAAUACAGCCUUAGCUGCCAUGGAACUCCUGUCUGGCUUGGCCAAGGUGAAAGUAAAACCACCAAACACAAGCAUGAGUAAACGUACGGUCAAGUGGAUUUGUGAUUUUAUAGUCUACCAGUGCAGCCGACCUGCUACGUCACAUUCAAGGGACCUUCACUCAAUGAUUGUAGCAGCUUUCAAAUGUCUUAAACUCUGGCUUGUAGAACAUAGCUGCCUUCUCUAUGACAAAGAAUGUCUACACAAUGUUCUGGAAGUUGUAGAACUUGGCAUUUCUGGUUCAAAAUCUCAGAAUAAAGUUGGGGAAUGCCAGACUGUUAAAAGUAAACUAGAGAAGGAGUCAAAAUCUUCUUCAGCGCUGAAGCACCGUGCCACUGAUAUCCCAAAAUACAAAGGAGAGAAGCAAUUGAAACCUGCCUCCAUGAGAGUUAAAGAUGCUGCCGAGGAGGUUCUCACAUGUAUCAUCGACCAAGUCGGAGCAUUUCCUCCCCCCUGUGGACCAGAGUCCUUAUUCUCUCUACUUGAUGAGCAGGCUCUCUUAAAAUAUGCCAGAGGGACAUCCCUACCUGAACAUGGAUCACCAUUCCGUUAUUUUGUCCUUGAAAAUUCCAUCAUCCUUGGCCUCCUUGAACAACCACUGGGAAAUGUACAAGAUCCUUUGCCCACUGUCACUGCUCUUAUACGUGGCCCAUUUGGACGUCAUGCAUGGACCAUGCAACUGAGACACCAGCCACGAAGUCAAGACAAUGCUUCAAAUCUUGCUGAAGUUCAGCGUCCCCAACCAAUGGAAAAUAUUGGGUUUAAACAUAAUGUAAAGCAUCGAUACUUUCCUGAGAUUGUCGAGACAAUAGUCCCUACUAAACUAGAGAUGAGCAUUCCAACAAUGGAGUCUAUUGUGACUGAGAAGACAGCAGCUGAACUUGAUGUGCUAAGGCAGCUCAUUGACACACAAGUUGCUUUUGAGAACAAAGUCGCUGAACAGUACAGUGAGAAAUUGAAGAAUCAAGUCCAUCCAAAUCCCAUCACUGAAUGUAAACCACCCAAGAUCUGUCAUGAGUUCCAAACUGCCAGACUGUUCCUAUCACAUUAUGGAUUUUUAUCUUUGGAGGCAUUAAAGGAAUCAAGUAACAGUAGCCUACCCCCAGCAUUGGUUUUAUUGGCCAGUAACAACAGUGCUCUGUUCACAGACCUGGAAACUCUGGAUGGAAUUCCAAGUCGGGAUAGUGAUACUGUGCAUGUCUUCUACAUGAAACCAGGACAAAAGGCACCAGAAGAAAUACUACGAAAUGUGCUCUCAAACACCAAUGUCCAACCUCAAUUUUUGGAGUUUUUACGCUCUCUUGGCUGGCCAGUGUUUGUGCGUAAGCAUGCAGGUUGGACUGGCCAUGUGUCCACAAGUUGGAAGGUCAUCAAUGAGGAUGAUAUUCAUGAUUAUGAUAGUCCAACUAACACUGGAGGUAGCAUAUAUGGUGGCCGUCAGCAAGUCUUGUACUGGGCUGAUGUUUCCUCAGAGAUCGCUUUUGUAGUCCCUUCAACUGAUUCUUGUAUGAACAAUCGAUCUUCUACUGGGCCCAAUGAUCAGAGCUUAGAAAAGAAUAACAUUAGUAAUGUUGGUGAAAGAAUUUCUAUUGGGCCUGAUUUAAAUUUAACCAAACCGAAGUCACUUGGAUUAGUGGGAGACAAGAAUGGUAAAGAAAAGGAAAGUCCAGGUUCUCCUCCGGAAAUUCCUGUUAUCAGGGGCAAGAAAUAUGGUCGGCAUUCAUCCCUGGCCAUUGGACCAGACACACGUGUCUAUGUUGUGUGUUUUAAAAACUAUCAAAAAAAUAUUUCAAUAAUUUGUUUUUUUUUUUUUGUUUUUCACUGUUUUUCUCUUUCCCUUUUUCUUUCUCCUUUUUCUCUUUCCCUUUUUCUUUCUCCUUUUUCUCUUUCCCUUUUUCUUUCUCCUUUUUCUCUUUCCCUUUUUCUUUCUCCUUUUUCUCUUUCCCUUUUUCUUUCCCCUUUUUCUUUUCCUUUUUUUUUUCCCUUUUUUCUUUCCUUUUUCUUUCCCUUUUUCUCUUUCCUUUUUUCUUUCCCUUUUUCUCUUUCCCUUUUUUCUUUCUCCUUUUUCUCUUUCCCUUUUUCUUUCUCCUUUUUCUCUUUCCCUUUUUCUUUCUCCUUUUUCUCUUUCCCUUUUUCUUUCUCCUUUUUCUCUUUCCCUUUUUCUUUCUCCUUUUUCUCUUUCCCUUUUUCUUUCUCCUUUUCUCUUUCCUUUUUUUCUUUCUUUUUCUCUUUCCCUUUUUUUUUUCUUUCCCUUUUCUCUUUCCUUUUUCUUUCUCCUUUUCUCUUUCCCUUUUUCUUUCUCCUUUUUUUUCUUUUCCCUUUUUCUUUCUCCUUUUUCUCUUCUCUCUCUCUCGUUUUUUUCUCUAGCUCUUCUCGAUCCACUGAGAUGCUGAGUUAUACAAAUACUGGAUUAGAACAACAUGCCAACAGUGGUGGAAGUACAGGUUCUUCAAUCACACGAACUCAGGAAAUUUAUGUCAUUUUUAUUCAUGCCCUGCAGAAUGGUUUAUUUAGAGUACGAAUGCAGGGCCAAUCUAAAAGAGUUUCCAUGGCAAUACCUCUUGUAGAUGGAAUGGUGGUAAGUCGCAGAUCUUUGGGAACACUUGUACGGCAGACUGCUAUAAAUAUUUGCCGGCGCAAGAGAUUGGAGAGUGAAUUGUACCAACCACCUCAUGUACGUCGAAAGUUAAAAAUCCAAGACAUUGUUAAUAAAUACCGCAGCAAAAUGACUGCUCCAGAAUUCUAUGCAGCAAUCUUUCAAGAUGUACUGAAGUGA